GUACCUGUGUUUGUCCACAGCCUGUUCUCCAAGGUGUCCAGUACUCAGAGCUCACCAGCCACAGCAUGAGACUCAACUCAUUCAUCUUGGGGACUGCUGAACUUGCGAUCUUUGGAAUUUUGGUUCAAUCAUCUCUACGCUCAGGAAGACAUCGUAGCGGCUCCACUACCCCCAUGGGGUUUCCUGCCGUGUGUCCCAGGGGCCAUGCCAACCUCUCUUGGAGGAGCCUCCUCCUCCUCUCCAGCCUCUGUCUCUGUUGCCCUUUGAUCUGGAUCUGCUCUUUGAGCCGCGAUUGGUCCAGAGGAAGCCAGGAGCACCUGAGAAGCAAGGAACAGCUCUGCUCCGCCUCCGCCGGCCAAGAGCCUGGACAACAUCAGCAUGCUCCACCUUCAGCUCAUGAGGGGGUGGAGCUCGGAGUCACAGGAGGGCAGAGUCUAUGAGAGAAGGGGCGGAGGUUAAAAAGGAAGGAGGCGGGGUGGGGAACAGAGAAAGGUUGGGGCUGAGACGAGAGGGACGUGGCCUAGGAUGGAAGGGGUUGGAGAGAGAGGGAAGAGAGAGGGGGGUGAGCAGAGGAUGGGGUCGAGGAGAGAGGGGCGGGGGAGGGGAUUGAUCGUUUAGGGGCGGGGCUUGUAGAAGCACAGCCAAUGGAUAAACCGAAGUAGGGACAGGAUUUGCAAACCUGUGGAGAGAGAGCGGGAGGGGGAAGGGCACAGGAAAGAGAGUGAAGGGGGUGGAAGGAGUAAGCCAUGAGGAGGAUGGAGAGCAGGAGGAAAGGAGGAAGGAGAGAGAGAGGGAUUGGGCGGAGGAGGGUCGUCAGCGGCAGGAGCGUGAUCGCCAGGCGUGCUGGUGGUACCAGCUCAUGCAGAGUUCCCAGGUCUAUAUCGACCAAUCAGCUCAGGGUGGGUCGAAGUUCGUUAAGAGCGAGAAGAGGAAGAAGUCUGCAGAGAGGCGGAGCCAGAGUCAGCACCCACUCCCCAGGAAGGGUGUUGUGGAAGGGGCAGAGUCUAGCCAGGAAGAGGAGGUUCUUAGGGAGAGAAGCAGGAAGAGCAGCUCCAGCUCCAGUGGUGAGUGGAUGGGGUCCAGGGGAAGAGGAAGACCAUCCUGGAUGGGGAGUCCCCCAGAGUCAGUGCUCACCCAGGACAAGGAGAAAGAGAAGGAUCCAGGAACCACAAGGGCCACAGAAGCCACAGCGACCCAGCCAGCGGCCCAGACUGAAGACCCCUCCCAGGGCCAGGGCAUGCGCUGGGUCAGACUGUUUGGGUCCAGCAUGGGGGGUGGUGGCACCCCCUCCAGGCCAGACGGAGCAGAGCAGAGACCAUCCAAAAGCAAGAGGAGCAGGCUGCCGUCUGGAUGGCUGACAGGUCUGGACAUGUCCGUGCUGGACCUCUUAGCCCAGACGGUGGGGGCGGGGACAGUGAAGAGGGUGGAGCCUUCAGCUCCUCCGGCCCCUCCCACUCUGAACCAACCCUCUCCACCUCCUCAGCUGCCACAGGAGAGCCACACCAAACAGCUGUGUGAGGUGCGUGCCCUGUGCCACCACAUAGCCACAGAGCCUGACCAGCUGAGUUUCCAUAAAGGGGACGUACUGAGUGUCCUGAGUCGGGCUGACUCCGACUGGCUCCUCUGCUCCCUGGGGGCCCAGCGGGGCCUGGUGCCUUUCAUCUACGUCACCCUGAGGGGUCUGGAGGACAGCCAGGCGCCCCAAGAGCCUCAGGGACCACACUGACCUGACCGACUCAACUAGGGUUCCAAAAUUCAGGUUUUCCAGAAAUCCCAGUAAGGAGGGAAUAAGUAGGACAUCUGUAUAUCCUCCGACCUAGGGAUUUCGGGAAAGUUGCCGGAACUUUGCAACCCUAGACUGAACCCAGGGCCCAGAGGCCACAGUAGAGGAGGAGGGUGGAAGGUGGAUAGGGGAAAGGAUUCAGAGGGCCAAAGAUGGAUAUACAGCAUACUACAGCACAAGACGAUGGAUACUCAUGGAGGAGAGACCUUGAUAUGACUGGUUUAAAGUGUAAUUAUUGUACUAUGGAGAGGCGUAUGAAACACACACACACACACACACACACACACACACACACACACACACACACACACACACACACACACACACACACACACGUAAACAUGCAUUAAUGUACAUAUAUGCACAUGCAAGCAUGCAGGCACAAAUACGCUAUGUAUGCAUGUCCACUAAACUCACACACACACCAAACUGCCUGGGGAUCUUUUACAGAAAGGAGACAAGGCUAGCUACAGACUGCCUUGGCCCCAUCAUAUACUGUAUACUAUCCCUAGUCGUGCUUUACUUUACCAUGCUACAGAGCAUACUCUAUCUAUCAUUCAUCUAGCUGUGCCACUCUUUGAAUGCCAAUGCUAUGCUAAUGCUAAAUGCUAGUGCUAAUGCCAGUGCUAAUGCUAGUGCUAAUGCUAGUGCUAAUGCCAGUGCUAAUGCUAGCGCUAAUGCCAGUGCUAAUGCUAGUGCUAAUGCUAGUGCUAAUGCCAGUGCUAAUUGUUAAUGGAAAAUUUCAGAGACUGGUUAAAGGACUUGUCAUCCAAUGGAUCCACACCAACAUGCUAUUCUCUGAGCUUCAUUCACCCAGAGAUCCCCUGCUUUGUAAUAGGAUGUAAGUAGGAAAAGUAGUUUUGUUAUAAAACAGAAAAUACAAACUUUCUUAGUGUGAUAUAGCUGUGGGUAUGACAGCUGUGAGUUCUGACAGCUGUCGACAAUGGACAACCGGUUUAAACUUGCUUCUUCAUUACAAAUGAACAACCGGUUUAAACUUGCUUCUUCAUUACAAAUGAACAACCGGUUUAAACUUGCUUCUUCAAUACAAAUGGACAACCGGUUUAAACUUGCUUCUUCAAUACAAAUGGACAACCGGUUUAAACU